CAAGUAGGGCUUCCUUUGAACGGUCUAAAUUCGGGCAUCAAGGCUACACUUUUGGGCAACGCACUUUAAAUACACUAUUGAGAUGAUCUCUGAGACUUAUUUAGAAUCGUUGAACAAUAAUGUAACAUAGCACCCAAAUAUACAGUAGCUUGAAGAGGAAGAUUACAUUUCCAGGUAUCUGGUAUCUAUUUAAUGAAAACAUAAUUAUUUUAGCCUUAUAUCGCGUUUUUGUAUCUAGUUUAGGGAUCCAGACCAUAGUUUGACAUGUGUCCCAUUCGGACACUAUCCUCAGCCAACUGUGCACUGAAUCUUUGGACUGCCGUUUCACACCAUUUAGAGGCCGUCUGCUUUUUAUCCUCGCCGCAGGAUAUCAGUGCCCCUCCUUCUCCAGUGGGGUCCCCUACCGGGGUGUGGUUGGAGGCCAGAGAUUGGAUUCUCCCCUCCUUCUCAAGCACACACACACUCCAUGCACCAUUACACCCCUCCCUAGAGAGUUGGGCUUGUAACAAGACUACAAGGUGACAACAAGGACAGAGGUGAGACAGAGACCAUAACACACGGGACAAACCUCCUGAGAUGCUUGGCAAUCUUCUUACAGGUGAUUCAACUUCCCUCAAGCCAGUGUGUUAGGACCACUCCUCAUCAAGUGUACGCAGCCCAUUUUGAUGCAUGACACCAUGGGUAGUUCCCCUGAGGUGCUCUCAUGGACUUCCUGCCCCAGCAUGUUGGUGGGCAAGCUAAAGGAGGAGCUUAAGCUCAGCGUGGUUGGGGACUCCAUGAAGAAAUCAAAUGCACCAAACUCUCAAGCGCAGCCUCCUCCGCCCCCUCCUUCGAUAUUGCCCCCUCAGAUAAUUACUGACUUGGCGCCGCCGACGCACCUGUCCGUGCCCCAGCAGACGCUACAACCGCCCAACCAGGACGAAGACUCUGUGCUCGGGGGCCUAAGUCCCCCAAACACGGCUUUGAGCGUUGACUCUACGCGUGGUGAGGGUGGCCACUUUGACAACAGUGUGCUCCAGCUGCAGGAGCAGGACCACGAGGAAGCCCAGUCACCAGCCUCCUGUGAGCAUGGGGGCUGCGGCAGCGGAAUGGAGGACCAGACAGGUGAUAGGGACUGUCAAAUGGACCACAACAUCGAGGGAAGACAAAGUCAUCACCCUGAUGACAUCAAGCUACACUUCCACAGAGCGGGGCCUGGGUCAGGCGGCUUCCUGGAGGGACUGUUCGGCUGUCUUCGGCCAGUCUGGAACAUCAUAGGAAAGACGUAUUCCACGGAAUACAAGCUCCAACAACAAGACAUGUGGGAGGUUCCAUUUGAGGAAAUCUCAGAGUUGCAGUGGCUGGGUAGCGGCGCCCAGGGAGCCGUCUUUCUUGGCAAAUUCCGCUCUGAAGAAGUAGCCAUCAAAAAAGUGCGCGAACAGAAGGAGACGGACAUCAAGCACCUGCGAAAACUCAAGCAUCCUAAUAUCAUCAGCUUCAAGGGUGUAUGCACGCAGGCGCCUUGUUACUGCAUUAUCAUGGAGUACUGCGCUCAAGGCCAGCUCUACGAGGUGCUGAGAGCAGGACGGAAAGUGACCCCCAGGCUGUUGGUGGACUGGGCCUCAGGCAUUGCCAGCGGCAUGAACUACCUGCACCUUCACAAGAUCAUCCACAGGGAUCUCAAAUCUCCCAAUGUUUUGGUCACACACAACGACUCUAUGAAAAUUUCCGACUUUGGGACAUCUAAAGAGCUGAGUGACAAAAGUACAAAGAUGUCAUUUGCCGGUACGGUGGCCUGGAUGGCGCCAGAAGUGAUCAGAAAUGAGCCUGUGUCUGAAAAAGUGGACAUCUGGUCAUUUGGAGUUAUGUUAUGGGAAUUACUAACUGGAGAGAUCCCUUACAAAGAUGUGGACUCCUCCGCUAUCAUUUGGGGUGUCGGCAGCAACAGUCUUCAUCUCCCAGUGCCCUCCACCUGCCCGGAUGGCUUUAAAAUCCUCAUGAAACAAACAUGGCAAGGCAAACCCAGGAAUAGACCAUCUUUCCGUCAGAUCCUCCUGCACCUCGACAUUGCUUCGGCUGACAUUCUGGGAGCUCCUCAGGAGACCUACUUCAAGUCUCAGGCUGAAUGGAGGGAGGAAGUGAAGAAACAUUUUGAGAAGAUCAAAAGUGAAGGCACAUGCAUUCACAGGCUGGACGAAGAGCUGAUCAGACGCAGGCGGGAUGAACUCAGGCAUGCGCUGGACAUCCGGGAACACUAUGAGAGGAAACUGGAGAGAGCCAACAACCUGUACAUGGAGCUCAGUGCCAUCAUGUUGCAGCUGGAGGUGCGAGAGAAAGAACUCAUGAAGAGAGAGCAAGCUGUGGAGAAGAAAUACCCGGGGACUUACAAGCGCCACCUCGUCAGGCCCAUCGUGCGGUCAAACGCAGUAGAAAAGUUGAUCAAGAAAAAAGGAAGCAUUUCUCACAAACCUGGGAUGCCCACUGCCAAAAGGCCUGAUUUGCUCCGUUCUGAUGGGAUACCGAGUGUGGACGCCCUCCCUUCCCCCUCACCGUUGUCCGCCAGCCCAAAAGUCUCCACCCCUCCUGGCAAAUCCCGCUACCGAAGCAAGCCCCGCCACCGCCGCGCCAAUAGCAAAGGAAGCCAUAACGAGUUCCUCGGGGUGCUGAGACCUGUCGCAGUGGUGCCAGAAGAUGGCCGGUCGUUACAGGAGCUAACUCAUCAGCAUCACCACCAUCACCUGCCACUGCCUCCCGCAGCGCCCCAGCUCCCAUUGAAGGGCCGCGAAGAGGCCGUGGUGAACUGUGCCAAUAACCUGCGUUAUUUUGGCCCUGCUGCCCCCCUCCGUAGCCCCCAGACGGAUCACCUGCAGCGCCGGGUUUCCGGUUCCAGCCCCGACCUGAUCUCCACUGUGGUGGAUGCAGACUCACGACAGCGGGCCUCAUCCACGAGCUCCAAUCCUUUACCAGGUACUGGUGCUGGGUCUUUGUGUCCCUGUUGCCAGGCACACCCCUUGCCUGGAUGCCUUCACUGUCAGGAAGCCCCUCCUGCAUCCGGCCAGCCAGAGCUGCUCAAUUCUCAAGAAGGCACACAGUCGUCUUUGGGGGCUCCUAAGAAAGAUCCAGGUUUUGAUGAUGAUGGAGACGUCGCAAACAAGGCAGAGGCCCGGAAACCGGAGGCCUCCCAGAAUCCACACGCCCUUCCGACCGCACUUCCCCGCACACUCAGACCUCUGAGGAAGGGUGGAGAUGAGUCAUCUGAAGAGGAGGAAGGAGAGGUGGACAGUGAGGUGGAGUUUCCAAGGAGACAGAGACCUCAUCGCUGUAUGAGCAGCUUCCAGUCCUACUCCACCUUCAGCUCGGAGAACCUGUCCGUGUCUGACGGAGAGGAGGGAAACACCAGCGACCACUCCCACAGCGGACCACUGGAGAGGCUAAGCGCCAGCCAGGAGGAGCAUCUGGACGAGCUGCUGUCGCACACGCCGGACAUCCCCAUAGACAUCUCCACCCAGUCAGACGGCUUGUCUGACAAGGAGUGUGCCGUCCGGAGGGUAAAGACCCAGAUCUCCUUGGGCAAACUGUGCUCGGAUGAACACAGCUAUGAGAAUCCUCUUCAGUUUGGGGAUUCAGACUGUGACUCGUCCGAAGCAGAGUGCUCAGAUGCCACCAUUCGUAACAACAAAGGAGCUCCUUCCUCGUGGUAAAUCCACGCUUUAUCUUUUAUUUUUUUUAAUAUAAUUUAGCUUUUGCCUGGAACCAACUGCGUCCCAAUGGGUACCGCAGAGACGACAGCAAUAAGAGGACAAUGAUGUACAAAAGAAAAAAUCCUUGUAGCAAUCUCAACCAGAGGUCCCCUUCCUCCUUUCCCCCAUGCCUUCAUACCUUUACCUUCAUGCUCAGCACAGCAUUCAGGCAAGUCAUGGCAGGGAUUCCCUAUCAGAAUGAAACUGCACAGGUGAUAAUGUAACAUUUAUGAUUUAUUUUUCAAUUCUGAGGGACAAUUCAGGACAUCUGCGUGGCGAAAAGACUCUUCAGGAGAAACAUUUUGCACGAUUUCCACGUUGUGGUUUGAAACGGAGAUGCACGGACGUAUUGAAGCGCUGAUCGGUUUAAGGCUGACAGCGAUUACAUCACUGUUAAUCUCUCAGGUGACCCAGAUGGGGGAGCAUCACUACCAUCUUCAUUGUAUUGCUUUACAAAUCCAAAUUUGGCACGCAGCGUCCUCUGGUACCAAAACAUCAUCGCCUGGUUUUAUUAUGAGUUUACAUCGCAGAGAGCAGGUCCCGCCUCCCCUGUCCAAACUCCGCCUCCAACCAGAACAAUGGCGGGGGUGCCACACAGCGAGCAUUAUAAACACCAGCAUGACCAACCUGCCUCGUCGUCGGACUCCGUUAUGUGUCAUCGGGACCCUUGCUGUGACUUCCUCACGGCAUGCAUGUGCAGCCUGCAACGUGCGAUACGCUGGCAGAAGACUGCAUUGGGCGGAGCAAGCUAUGAUUGAAGAUAUCCUUUUCAAGUCUCCUCUCAGGAAUUGUUCGAGGACCGGUACAAACUGGACUAGACCAAUUACUGUACAGUACAGGCCAAAGGUUUGGACACACCUUCUCCUCAUUCAAUGCGUUUUCUUUAUUUUCAUGACUACCGUAAUUUCCGGACUAUAAGCCGCACCUGACUAUAAGCCGCACCAGCUAAAUUUAGGGGAAAAUACAGAUUGCUCCAUAUAUAAGCCGCACCCGACUAUAAGCCGCAGGGUUUUGAUGUGUAAUUAGCGUAGUAUAUAAGGGUUCCUGCUACCACGGAGGGGAUUGUCGGGACAGAGAUGACUGUUUGGGAACGCAAAGCGUCCCAUUUAUCAACAAUAAAUCUUUCAAUCAUUCAAUCAAACUUUCACAUCUUUGACAUGGCGAACAGCAUUCGUGCAGAGUACAAAUAAUACAACGGUGCAAAGUAAUACAAAGUGCUCGCCUGUACGUUAUCAAAAUAACCAGCCUACCGGUAUAUGAAAAGUCAGUCUUUAAUCAUUGUGUCAUCGUCUUCCUCCUGCGUACUAAAACCACCGAAAUCCUCUUCGUCGGUGCAGGAGAAGAACAGGCCGUAUAUAAGCCGCACCCUUGUAUAAGCCGCAGGGACCAGAACGAGGGGAAAAAGUAGCGGCUUAUAGUCCGGAAAUUAAGGUAUUUACAUUGUAGAUUGUCACAUCAAAACUACGAAUGAACACAUGUGGAGUUAUGUACUUAACAAAAAAAAGGUGAAAUAACCAAAAACAUAUUUUAUAUUCUAGUUUCUUCAAAAUAGCCACCCUUUGCUCCGAUUACUUUUUCGCACGCUCUUGGCGUUCUCUCUGUGAGCUUCAAGAGGUGGUCACCUGAAAUGGUUGUCACUUCACAGGUUGUGCUUGGAGAGAAUGCCAAGAGUGUGCAAAACAGUAAUCCGAGCAAAGGGUGGACACAGCUUCUCUUUUAAUGCAUUUCUUUUAUUUUCAUAGAAUAGAAUAUAUCUUUAUUGUCAUUGUACAUUGUACAACGAAAUUGUAAGCAAAACUAAUUUAGUGCAAAUUCAUAAUAACACAUACAAACAUAAGAACAUAGAUAAAUAGAUAAAAAUACAUAAAAAUACCAAGCUCACAUGCACAGUCAUUCUUGUCUUGUGUUCAGCGACACUAUUGCUCUCGGGUAAAAAGUGUUCUUAAAUAUGUUUGUCCGGCCUUUUAUUGUCCUGUGUCUCCUGCCUGAGGGCAGUAGUUCAAAAAGUUUAUAUCCAGGGUGAGAUGGGUCCCUUAUGUUUUAGGCCUUUUUGAGGCACCUGGCCUCAUCAUGACUACUUCAUAACUAUUAUGACUAUUCAUGACCAACAAAGACUAUAAAAAUGGGACCCAUUACCUCCCUGCUUGGCACUCAGCAUCAAGGGUUUUGAAUUAGGGGUUAAAUCACCAAAAAUGAUUCCCGGGCGUGGCCACCGCUGCUGCCCACUGCUCCCCUCACCUCCCAGGGGGUGAUCAAGGGUGAUGGGUCAAAUGCAGAGGACGAAUUUCACCACACCUAGUGUGUGCGUGACAAUCAUUGGUACUUUAACUUUAAACUUUAAUUUACAUUGUAGAUUGUCACUGAAGGCAUCAAAACUAUGACACCUGUGAAGUGAAAACCAUUUCAGGUGACUACCUCUUGAAGCUCAUGGAGAGAAUGCCAAGAGUGUGCAAAGCAGUAAUCAGAGCAAAGGGUGGCUAUUUUGAAGAAACUAAAAUAUAAAACAUGUUUUCAGUUAUUUCACCCUUUUUUGUUAAGCACAUAACUCCACAUGUGUUCAUUCAUAGUUGUGAUGCCUUCAGUGACAAUCUACAAUGGAAAUAGUCAUGGAAAUAAAGAAAACACAUUGAAUGAGGAGAAGGUGUGUACAAACUUUUGUCCUGUACUGUAUUUUUGCAACCUUUCUUGUGUUCACCAUACAGUUUCUCCUCAAAUAGUGGCCUCCAGUAUAACUGUGUGUCCACAAUGGAUACCUGGCUUGCUUCCCACAUUUUCCCGCAAGGUGCUACAGUUUCAGUACGCUACACCCGGCUUUUAGUUAGCUCACACUGGUGUAGUUGAUAGCACUAAAUUGGCCCUAGUGUGUGAAUGUGAGUGAGAAAGUUGCAAUGAGGGGGCGACUUGUCCAGGGUGUACCCCGCCUCCCGCCCGAGUGCAGCUGGGAUAGGCUCCAGUACACCCUGCGACUCCAAGAGAGACAAGCGGUAUAAAAUGGAUGGAUGGCUGGAUGGAUAGAUAAUGUGACAUCACAGCAGGACAGGACGCAACCCGAAAAUGAACAAAGACAACACACUGAAGUCUAUAAAUAUCUUUUAUUUUAAUUUUAUUUUUUAAACAUAAUGUUAUACUCUCAGUAACACAUCGGCAUGGUCUUACAACUGUGCAGCAAGCGCAAACUAAUCCCACAAGCAGAAAAGGAUACGUUCACCUCCAAUAAAAACCGUUACACAUUCCAUUCCCACUGUAACACAAAGCGACAAUUUAUGUGCAUAAGUAUAGAACUUUUUUUUUUUUUUUUUUUAAACAAUUAUUGAGGAUAUGUGAUGAAGGCGAUUGCAGAUGUGGUAUCUUUCUUUAUUUUAUUUUUCGGUGCAGCGUCUCCCAUGUGACACUUUAUGGCAGGGUGAUUGUUUACUAUAAAGGAACACAUCAUUCCCAACAAAAGCAACUCUACGCAUAGUUUGCUCGCUCAGGACGGAGGUCUAGCUGGCUAGACACACAGUGACCGCUCGGCCAGUGGGAACUCAGCAAAUUCUUUAUAUGUGCGUUUUUUUGUUCUUUCUAAAAGUGAAUGAAUGCUCAGGCCUGCUGGUUAAGAACAGGAGCAAUAUAACAGCCGCUAGAUGGCGACAAAUGCAACCGCUCUGCUCCUUUUUAUUAUAAAGUGCCGAAUCCCAUAAUGACAUAAGCUCAGCAAUAUUAUACAGUAUUUGUUAGGUUUUGCUGUGUUUAAAAAAGGAUACUGCAUCUGUGUAGAAUUUAUUUUUUUUCCUCCUGUUUUGAGCAAUUUUGAUGGCUGGAAAACUCUUUUUCAGCCAGUUCAAGUGUGUGUAUAAGGAAUAUAAGACGGAUAAAAAUAAUUUUUUUGAUUUUUUUUUCCCUGAAACCUUACUACAGUGUUAGUUUCCUCCGUAUGUAAACGGCUUUUUUCACCAAUGACCAGCUUAAACCAAUUGCAAAUAAGCAUUUUUAUGGUGUUUCGCAUCAGUAUUGAACACUUGUAGGUGUGCAGGCAGCAGAGAUGAACCUAAGAUUUUUAUUUUUUACUUAAGUCUUUUUGGGGUUUUUUUGCUUCAAAGCUUUGCAAAGGCUGCUGCCUCAUCUUGAGCCUCCUCCAUCCCUCUCCCUACGUCGUGUUUAUGUGAGUUAACCUCGUGUAUUGUAAUCAAGCUGUCAAUCCUGUGAAGUAUCAUGUUUACUUUCAUCAUUUUUCUUUGUAGCUGGCCUACACCAUUAUUGAUUAAUUUAUUAUGAAUGACGGGCAAGUGCUCUUUUUUUUUUUUUUUUUCUCCAUUUCUGGCAGCUUCUCCUUGAAGUAUUAUUUAAAGAAAGCACAAUGAACAGAUGUUAGGACAGUAUUAGUUUUAUGUUUGGUGGAUCAAAUCAUGAUAUCUUGAAGUAUUGAUGUACUCUGCACUUAGCUACAUAAAUUGUUCCCAAGGCUUACUACUCAACAUAUCUUUUCAACAAAUUCAAUCGGAGGACACACACACACACACACACACACACACUGGUUAUCAUUUGGAAUGGGGACCAAGUUUUUGAUCAUCACUUGUGGGGACCACCCUUUCUACAGGUUGUGGAGGCAUAAAAAUGGGUAGGUAAAAUGGCCACUGCCCAGUUAGCUCAUACACGUCUUUAAAUCUGUGGAUUGAUGAAGUAAUGUGCUGAUCAUUCUUACUGGGGACUCUGGGGGAAAAAGAGUUAAUAUGGUUCCUUUGGGACCAAUUUUAAAUAAUUUUGCAUAAUUCACACAAAUUUGUACGUGACUACUGAGGACCAUUUAUUUAAAAAAAAAAAAAAAAAAAAAAAGUUCAAAUUAGAUGUUAAAAACAUGUUUUAUGGGCCAAAGCUUAAAAAUCACUUAGGCAUCUUCAGAAGGGAUCUGACUAUCAUUUAAAAAGGUUUCCCUUUAGGGGACCUGUUUUUUUUGUCCCCAUACCGUCAGAGGUCCCCUAAAGGUGACUGUGUAAACAGAGCGGUGUCCCCAUUAAGUCAGCAUUGCCAGAAAACACACACACACACACGGUCAAAGAGACCCUGGACAAACCUGGAAGAAUUCCGUUUUUUUUUCUUCUUCUUUCUGCAAUGUUCUUUUAUGUGUCCGAACCUCUGUGAAGGUAUUUCUUACCGUGGACAUCACAUGACCUCAUAUCAUGUAUCCGGUAACUGUUUCGUUAUUACGCUCAUUUCUAGCUCCUUUUCCUGUCGAAUGGCAUUAUGAUCAACCAAUCUUCUCAUGUCGGAUUCCUGUAUUUUCCAGACUACAGUACACGGUGGAUAAUCUGGGAGAAUAUAAUCCAAGCAAGUAAAUGCAUGGAAUAAAUGCUGAUGUACUGUACCCAAC